ACACGUUUCCACUUUCCAGUAACUCGAAUGCUUUAAAUUUGACAAAAAUUGACAAACUAUUUCAACAAUAAAAAGAAUCACUUUUUACAUAAAUUUUUUUUAUUUUCCAACUUAAUUUUCAAUAUAAAACAUGUGGUUAUCGGAUUCUCAGAAGAUCGGUGUCUUAUUAACAGCAUGCGGCGUAGGUUUCAUGUUUCUUGGUAUUUUACUUCUCUUUGACGGAGGAUUAUUAGCUAUGGGGAAUAUAUUAUUUCUUUCAGGUAUAACUUUAAUUAUUGGAUUUAAUAAGACAAUAUAUUUUUUUGCUCGUAAAAAUAAAAUUCGAGGAACUAUUUGUUUCUUUGGUGGAAUAUUAUUGGUUUUUUUUAAAUGGCCUAAGACAGGAAUAAUUGUUGAAUUUUUUGGAUUUUUAAAUUUAUUUGGUGAUUUCUUUCCGGUGAUUAUAAGUUUCUUACGAAAAGUACCAUUUAUUGGAAUGUUACUCAGUGCACCAUAUAUUUCGAAUGUGGUUGAUAGGUUUGCAGGAUCAAAGUUACCGGUAUAAGGAUGAUAAUAUGGAUUACUUUUUCGAAUUUGUAAUAUGUUGAAAAAUUGACAAAUUCAAAAUCACAACCCGAUUCUUAUAAAGAUGAACCAACCGGAUAAAAGAAAUAAACCAUUGGAUAAAAUUAUCCCUUAUUUAAUUAGAUAAACCAUUAAUUCAGUUCUUAUAAUGAUGAAAUUUGAUUAAUUCAGGAGAACUGAAAAAGUUUAGUUUAUGAUGAUUAAGAUCGGGUAGGGAUAUUAAUAAUUUGGAAAUUUUGUUUUUUUUUUAUUUACAAAAAGAAUUAUAUUUUAAUUUACAACGUAUGGAGAAAAAAAAAUGCAUGGUAAAAUCUUUAUCACCAUAUUUAUUAUAAAAUCUUUGUAAAU